AGAGAUAAAUGGUGUGAAAAUCGUAUUGGAUGGAUUUGAGCCGAAGAUUCCGAACAACCGGACAUGUGUUUCUGGCUUUGAAGUCACUGGUCAGAUGACCCUGGACGAGGGAGAAACUUUGGACAAUCUGCCGCCCCACAUCAUAGUUCAAUUUAAAUGUCCAUAUUACCCAAGUAAGGAACGUGUGCAUAAGAGUGGACCAAAAGAUGGAAGCUGGUUUGAGGUAAAUUUAAAAAAAAUGAAUUGACAUUUGUUUGUUAAAGAAAUUAAUAAAUUAAACUUAAGUAUUCAUAUGCGAAAUGUAAACAACCUAACAUGGUAAAACUCAUAUUUAACAAAAUUAUUUCAAAUGAUCUAUACACCAAUAUUCACUAUUGUAAUGUUUGUGUUUUUUUUGUUUCGAGGAAAUUGAUGCGACGGUAUUGACGUCAAAUGAAAUAAAAGAUAAACUUUUAAAAAGCAUUUAUGUUAACCUCAAAAUUGUUCGCGUGUUUCUUUCUUUAUGUCUUGGUGUGUAGCAAAACUUUGGACGGCUACUUGAUCCACUUCCCAUCAACAUAUCGCGCUGAAACUUGCGCAUAGACUCGUUGCCAAUGACAAAGCAUUCUAUAAAUUUUCAGUCCCACCACAAACCCACCACCGAAAAAUAAUAAAUCAAUCUUUUAUUUCAUGUUUUUCAUAAGCAAGGUGAAUGGAAAAAUGAUGUUACUGAUUUCAUGAAAUAAAUGUUCAGAUAACUGCGCUAAAUAAGAUUAUUAGAAAGAUAUGGCAUUUGCGUUUGGGGGUGUAAUGUUUUCUUUUGCUUUUCUGAAAGUAUUGUUGAAAUCAAUAAACAUUAGAAUAAUAAUAUAAAAUAGAAUAAUAAAAUUCAUAAAAAUGAUUUAUUCGAACAAUUUUGUGUUAAGGUUUAUCAUAAGGCACACCCACGAACACAAAGAUAUAUGUACCACACACGUUAAAUGUAAAAAUUAGACUAUGCUAAUCAUGUACGAAUAGAAGUUGCUUAUAAAAAUUUAACAGUAGCCAUUUAUAGAUGAUAGUAAAUAAUUGUCAAUCUCUUUGUAUACAAUAUCUGAACUCUCGCCCUCAGGUGAAUACUUAAAGUAAUUCUUUAAUCUUUAUAUGACGAGUUAUUUCUAAAGUUUAAUUAUGCAUACGUAUUAUUAAAGAUUACACAUCUGGAUAAAGCACUUCAUUUUUCUUUUCAAUUUAAAAAAAAUAGUUCAUUCUGUGUAUUUAUAGAAAAGAGUUAGAGGAUUUUAAAUUAAGUUUCAUACCAAAGUGAAAUCUAUAAAAUAAAAGAGUGUGUAGAAACUGAUAUUAAAAGGUACUCACCUCCCCUAAAUUUUUUAAAAACCAAAUGGACAACGCCCUUGAAAAGUAAAAAGAUAAAAUGUAAACUAAGUAGUUCCAACAUUUAUUUAGAUUUUAAAAAAUUGAUUAAUCAACAUUUAAAAAGAAACAAAAACUAGAUUAAAUUCCAUUUUUUCAAAAAUAAAGUUUGCGGAAUGACUUAUAGAAUGUUAAAUAUAUUCUGCUGUGUUAAACAACAUUAAGCGAUUUAAAAUCAAGCUUUCAUAUUAAUUUUAUAAUAAAUUGAAGAAAACGAAGUUUGUAGUUUUUUCAAGUUGUUUAAAUCACAAAAAUUAAUGCUAGGGAUUCCCCGGUUAUUUGAUCUCUUCACAAUUCUUUAGAUUUAAUCAUGAGACAAUAAGUACGGCAAUGUCAUGGUUGCUUAAAGUUAUAUCAUACCGGUAUACAUUUAAAUAGUUUAAAAAUAUACAUUAGUUUUGUUUGAUUUAUUUAAUGUACGCUAAUAAAUGUUUAAAGUUAUUGAUUAGUUGUUUUUUUUUUUUAAAUUGUACGUACAGCGUGGUGAGCCCAGCCAUUUGGACAAAAUGUAAUCUCAAAUUGAGACAAACUACCAUUUUAAAAUCAUAUUGGCUUUUAGCACUGAGCGUCUACAUUUUGUUUUACAGAAAGCUUAAAUGUACAACGACUUUACUUUUCGCAAAAUAAAAACAUACAUAGUCUAUAUAUUUUCAUUAAAAAAUAAAAAAAAUAAAAUCUUAACCCAUCUCUAUUAAAAAACAAAACAAAGAAACUUUCACCUGUGUAAAUGAUUGGUUGUUUUAUUUUCAUGGCUACCCUCAUGCACGUUUUGCUAACCCCGUUAUUUUUUAAAAUUUUGUUAACAUAUGUAUUAAAUCGUGUGCUAUUGAAAUCAGCGUUACAGGGUCUCAUUAGCCUAUUCUUUUUGAAUAUAUAUAUAUAUAUAUAUAUNCUACAGGAGAGAGUUUUCAGCGGCUAGUUAAUCGUCUCUGUCACAUGGAAAGUGUUGGGAAUGACCGUUAAUCUACAGAGAACAAAUGUCAUGAUAAAAGAAGAAUCCUCCCAGCCCACCCACCCCCCAAAAAAAAAACAAUAAACAUAUUGAGGGCCAUAAUCUUUUGGUAGUUGAGAAUUCCAAAUACCUUUGAUCAAAUAUUUCUAGAUAACUCUCGCACAAAAGCAGCUGCAACGAUGGCUAAACUGAAUAAGCGAGUGUGGAAUACUCUUAAACUCAGUGACAAUACUAAACUAAAUGUCUAUCAAGCAUAUGUGCUCAGUACUCUCCUACAAGGCCGGGAAAUAUUGGCCACAUAUGCUUGUCAGAAGCGGAAACAGAGCAGCUUCGGACAAAUAUGUCUGCGUUGCAUUUUUGCUAUUGUGAUGGCAGGACAGGGUGCCUAACACAGAGGUUUUGGAACGAGCCAAAAUAUGUUGCAUGUUCUAUUCUCUUAACAAGAGGCGCCUUCGCUGGUUAGCCAUGUAAGGAGAGUGGAGGAAGGCCGUAUUCCAAAGGAUUUGAUGUAUGGAGAUUUGGCAGAACGGGCAAGACUUAUUGGACGGCGCAGCUGAGAUUUAAUGAGGUUUGCAAAAGGAGCGCGAGGGAAGCCAAUACACAAAUCAACGAAUGGGAGACAAUCGCUGAGAACCGUUCCAUCUGGCAUGCGAGAAACGAAGCCCUAGCAACAAAAAAGAGCAUUACGGAAGGUCAAAUUUAACAAGUGGUCAAGGUUUUCCAAUUCAGGUAAGACUGACAUUCCAGUAUCGGCCUGGUAAGUCAUUUGAUAAAGUAUCAAAAGCUACUCCACCGUCUAGUAAAGAAGGAAGAAUGUUAUAUAUAUAUAUAUAUAUAUAUAUAUAUAUAUAUAUAUAUAUAUAUAUAUAUAUAUAUAUAAUAUAUAUACAAAUCUCCCACCUCCAUUCAAAGACCAAGAUAAAAUAGGUGCUGAUUCGUGAACUGCUGUUCGCUGACGAUGAUGCCUAAACAUCGCACUACAGGAGAGAGUUUUCAGCGGCUAGUUAAUCGUCUCUGUCACAUGGAAAGUGUUGGGAAUGACCGUUAAUCUACAGAGAACAAAUGUCAUGAUAAAAGAAGAAUCCUCCCAGCCCACCCACCCCCCAAGAAAAAAACAAUAAACAUAUUGAGGGCCAUAAUCUUUUGGUAGUUGAGAAUUCCAAAUACCUUUGAUCAAAUAUUUCUAGAUAACUCUCGCACAAAAGCAGCUGCAACGAUUGCUAUAUAUAUAUAUAUAUAUAUAUAUAUAUAUAUAUAUAUAUAUAUAUAUAUAUAUAUAUAUAUAUAUAUAAUAUGUUAAUGACCAAAAACUAUUUUAGACAGAUAUCUUCCAGUUUGUAAUUGCGCGCUGAGAGCUUUGAGUCAGAGAUUAGACGGCAUCUUCUGAUAUACUUUUUUUAUUAUUUCAUUCUCUAACACAAUUAAAAUUAUGUCUAUAAUCAUAAAAUAAUUAUCUAAAAAUGAACAUUUCUUGCCCUAAAACCUGUCAGUGUAAGCCAUUAAAACCUGUCAGUGUAAGCAACUAAAACUUGUCAGUGUAAGCCAUUAAAACUUGUCGGUGUAAGCCAUUAAAACUUGUCAGUGUAAGCAAUUAAAACCUGUCAGUGUAAGCCACUAAAACUUGUCAGUGUAAGCCAUUAAAACCUGUCAGUGUCCGCCAUUAAAACCUGUCAGUGUCAGCCACUAAAACCUGUCAGUGUCAGCCACUAAAACUUGCCAGUGUCAGCCACUAAAACCUGUCAGUGUCAGCCACUAAAACCUGUCAGUGUCAGCCACUAAAACCUGUCAGUGUCAGCCACUAAAACCUGUCAGUAAGACACUAAAACCUGUCAGUAAGCCACUAAAACCUGUCAGUGUCAUCCAUUAAAACCUGUCAGUGUCAGCCACUAAAACCUGUCAGUGUCAGCCACUCGUACAUUGUUUAGUCCCUUGGCGAUCAGUGUUCAGUUCCAUGAAGUUGAUGUAUGUUUCUUUUCAGGACCACGGAGCACCACUGAACAGCUGCGCGCCACUUGAAGGGACCAUUGCUAACGAUUCGCUUACAUUGAAAUGUUCGCACAGUGCAGGGAAAACGUAUCGAAUUACAAUCAAGAUAGCUUGUUUCUUUUAUGUUAAGUACUGUUCUAUAAGGCUCUUCUUGGGUGAUUUUAUAACAAAUGAGCAUCGCCAGAAAAUCGUCCAUGAUCCUCGACUGGAGGGAUUGAGUAAUGAGUUUCCCUUCAUGGCGUUUAUGGGUAAAUAUCAUGACCAUGUCUUGAUUGCUUUUUUAAAAUUAGUUGAUAUAUUUAAUGGAAGGAUCCUUCUUUUAAGUUUGUAAACAUUCAUACACUUGACGUUGUAAAUGCUAUUUUAAAUCUGUUUUGAUUUCAUAAUCAGAGUUUAUUUAGGUGCCAAGUUUGUUUGUAUGGGUUAGGGUGAAGCUAUGGAGGAUAAGAUGAGUUGUAUGUAUGGGUUAGGGUGAAGCUAUGGAGGAUAAGAUGGGUUGUAUGUAUUGGCUCGUGUGAAGAUCUGGAGGGUAAGAUUAAUUAAGAUAGGUUGUAUGUAUGGGUUAGUGUCAAGAUAUGGAGGAUAAUUUUUAUUUUUCAUGGGUUAGGAUGAAGAUAUGGAGGAUAAGUUAGUUUAUUUUUACAUGGGUUAGGGUGGAGAUAUGGAGGAUAAGUUAGUUUAUUUUUACAUGGGUUAGGGUGGAGAUAUGGAGGAUAAGUUAGUUUAUUUUUACAUGGGUUAGGGUGGAGAUAUGGAGGAUAAGUUAGGUUAUUUUUACAUGGGUUAGGGUGGAGAUAUGGAGGAUAAGUUAGUUUUUUUUUUUACAUGGGUUAGGGUGGAGAUAUGGAGGAUAAGUUCGGUUUGCAUGGGUUGAGGUCGAGAUAUGGAGAGACCAAGUAACCUGGAGAAAUUGUUAUUUUUAGCUACAGGACGGGAGCAGAAUUAAUUUUCAAUGUGAAAGAAAUAUAUUAUUUCUGUAAAUUAUAUAAUUAUAAAUUUGAACAAGAUUUUGAUAUAUGUAUUUAGUUCUAAUUGUUUUGGGGGCAAAGAUUUAUUGUAACAAUAAAAUUAAAAAAAAAAAAUACAAUUCCUAUUGUAUUAAACGUCAUUAAAGAAAACCAAAAACCAGCAAAGCAGGAUCGCACGGACAUCAACACAAAUGCCUCUGCUUGCGUUCUAUAGAAUGCCUGACUGGACUUAGCCAAUGUAUAUAAAAAUACACAAAGAGAUGGGAAUUUUUAUAAGCAAAACUUAACCGAAGAAAGAAACUUAUUUUAAGAACGAAUACGCUGUCAGAAGUUUUCUAGGUUUUUAUUUAUUGCAACAGCCUGUGACGGCAGACUGAAAUGAAUGCAUUGAUAUGUUGAUGAUUGCCUCUCGUUAUAAUUCUCGCUGUCAAGUUGGUUGAAUUUUUAAAAGAAGUCUCGAUGGAAACAAGAGAGUUACGCUUAUCUACCACGUCGUUGAAACGCUGUGUACAAGGGAGAUAAAAAUAUCCUUACCACCUUUUAAAGGGUCUACAGUUGAGACAAGGAAGAGCAGGGAUAGAAGGAGGGCGUUUUAGAUGAUUUGGUUUAAAAAACUUGGUUUAGAUGACUUGGUUUAAUAGACCUAGUUUAGAAGACUUGGUUUACAAGACUUGGUAUAGAGGACUUGGCUUAGAUGGUUUGCUUAAGAAGACUUGAUUUGAAGACUUGGCUUAGAAGAAUUGGUUCAAAAGACUGGCGUAAAAUACUUUGUUUAGAAGGCGUGGCUUAUAAUUCAUGUUAUAGGAAAGCUUGCUUAGAAGACUUAUUUUAGAAGACUUGGUUUAGAUGACUUGCCUUAGUUAAAUGGUCUUACAAGACUAGUUUUAGACAACUUGGCUUAGUAGACCUGGUUUAGAAGACUUGGUUUAGACAACUUGGCUUAGAAGACCUGGUUUAGAAGACUUGGUUUAGACAACUUGGCUUAGAAGAUCUGGUUUAGAAGACCUGGUUUAGACAACUUGGCUUAGAAGACCUGGUUUAGAAGACUUGGUUAAGACAUCUUGGCUUAGAAGACCUUGUUUAGAAGACUAGGUUUAGAAGACUUUGUUAAGAAGACUUGGAUUAGAAGACCUUGUUUAGAAGAUUUGGUUUAGAAGACUUGGUUUAGUCAAAUUGGCUUGAAAGCAGUCCCUUCAUUUAUUUAUGGCUUAGAAGACCUGGUUUAGAAGACUUGGUUAAGAAUCUUGGCUUAGAAGACAUUGUUUAGAAGACUUGAUUUAGAAGACUUGGUUUAGAAGACCUGGGUUAGAAGACUUGGUUUAGAAGACUUGGUUUAGAAGACUUGUUUUAGAAGACCUGGUUUAGAAUACUUGGUUAAGACAUCUUGGCGUAGAAGACCUUGUUUAGUAGACUUGAUUUAGAAGACCAUGCUUAAAAGUCGUCGGCUACGAACAAGACAAUACCCAUGACAAACAUUCUUCUCUCUGAAAGAGCCUUGUGCAGGAAAAAGAGGCACAGUGGAAAAACGUUAUUGGCAUGUCGUGCGUCAUUGUCCCUGAGAGAGCAACUAGCUCAACGCCCAAAAGAAAAUGAAUAAACAUUACCAGUAUCACCUGAUGACCUGAUGUAAUCAAUUGAAUUCAUACAUUCUUUUAUAAUUCCCGUUUACUCUCCAAGACGGACAAGUUAGGACAUUGUUAACUUUAAAGCAACGGUUAAAAAGAAACAACAAAGUCGUUUGAAAUACCCAAGCUUGUUUGACGUCUAACUUAUAGUUCUCAUUUCUAAAACCUCCUUUUCCUCUUUCAUUUAUUAAGAAGAACCAUACUAUAACACAACACACGAUGCAUACUGCGAAGAGAUAUUAUCUGUACCUAGAAGUAGUAGAGUCUUGGCAUCUACGAAUGGCGCGUCUGCCACACGCCCUCCAAAAGGUAUCUAACCAUAUUUUUUUCUUGAUAUAUUUUUUCCACAUGUAUAAUUAAAAAUACAAUGACAUUUUCUUCUACCACUCCAGUCGCUCCACAGAUGUUGUUGUUUAAGAGCUUUUUGUAUGUGGACUGUAAUGUUUACCUGAAGUUAAAUCAAACCCGUACAUUACAUUGUGCAAUUUGCUGCUUGUUUGUGAGUUAAACUUUUUUUUUAUAAUAGCCAUCGCUUAAAAUAAAUACAUAUAGUAUAUUACAUAUAAACAAAACGUCUUGUUUAUUUUGUUUGUUGUUUGUAUGUUGCCUGUUUGUCUUUCUUAACGUUUAGCAUAAGUCAAACGGAGUUGAAAGCAAUGGCGUGCGCCUUAAAUUGCCAGAACGAGAUUCGCUUACGUGAGACAUUGGUUUAAAAAAAAUGUGUAUUGGAUAACUGAUUAAAUGAUAAAUAAGAUUAUUUGGAAAUGUUUACUUUUACACCGGUUUCAAGAAAGGAAUGGACGAAUGUUUUCCAAACAUAAUACUCAACAAAGGAAUCAGCUUAGACAUAUAAGAAGUGUGUAAAAGAAUUUUAACGUUUGUUAAUUUGUUAACCUGGAACACUGCUCUGACCAAUAAGUACCCCCAUCUCCACAUAUCCCAUUCCCGAACAAAUAAACCCAAUAUGAUAUGAUUAAACUUGUUCACAAUUCCCAGACUUUAUUUAUUCACUUUUUCCCUCUUUAUUUUUUUUAGAUGCUCUUCUUAUGAUCUGUGGAUUGGCCAUUGUCAGUGCAGUUCUCUAUGUUUAGAGCACAAAAAAGGAGGUGACGUGGAGCUGAACACCCCCAGAUGUCGAUAACAUCAAAAGUACAACAAAUAAUUUAUGAUUUAGUCAAUCGGUAAAAUUAAUUCUAUUAAAAACAUUUUCAAUGAUUUUUUUGACCCAAA